GUUAGCAGCCCCUAGCGAGUCGGGGACGCCUAUGAAGCGGCAACCCCUUAGCGUUCAGUGGUACCGCAUCCUUCGUAGCAGGCGUUACGCGCGCGUACCAUUACAUUCCGUCCGAGGUUCUUCGUGUAUACUUUUCUAUCUUUCGGAAAGUGUCAUCGAGUCUGUCGUACCGUCUUUAGCCUCCAACUGUCGAGAAUUCUGUUCGCCGAAUCCAAAACCGGUAGUCGAGUUCUUUUCGCCAUCCAUGGUAACUAUGCAACUUGUUCCGUGAAUUGGAUGUUCGUCCGUUUCUAUGCGACUUCGUGUGUUUUUUCUGAUUCGCGGUUAUCCGUACUGUGUCACUCGUAAAUCGACGGUUUCUUCCGUAUAUAAGUUCAGUAUUCCGUAUUUGCGACGUAAGUUAUAAUUCCGACACAAACCCUCGAUCUCGUGAGAUACUUUAUCGCAUUUGAUAUGAAAAUGUUAUUAAAGAAGUGUGCUCCGGAAUUCACGCUAUUCUUGGUGCUUAUCAUCUUUACAUGACUCCAGUUAUCUAUAAGUGACCGAUUAAUUUCCCUUCAUCGUGAAAACUGACCUUUAGCUUCUUCUCGCUGUGACAUUGCGCGAUUACAUUUCACCGUUGCGUACGAUCCGUAACAUUAUCACUGCUUGUUAGAACUUGAAAACUUCGACGGCUCAGAUUUAUCACUGUCUCUGUCGAAAACUGAUACAUACCGUCGCGCCGUUAUGAAAUAAGUUGUACGAAACAGUUUCUAAUGAUAGAAAAAUUAUAUACUUGGAAGGAAGAUUCGAUAGAAAAUCCAUACUACUAGCACAUCAGUUUUCGUUUCUCCGGACUCCUAUCGUUGUUUCGAAUCUUCAGAAGAAACAUUCCACGAGAAGAGGAAUUUGUCUUCAUCGAUUACGACUCGUCACCGAUUACGAUUGGGAUGAAUUUGUCCGUACCCUAUCUGGAUAAAGAGAUGCAAGUACAAUGUUCCCACUGGAGAUCCUUCAAAUUCAUCCUGCAAUAACGUGGUUAUGGUGGAAUGAAAGAAGAAGAAUGCAGCACGGUAGAGGAGGCUAGAUGAGCACCAAUUUUCAGAGAGGUGCAUGUGCAGAUUACCCAGCAAUUAUAUAUAAGGCACAAACUCGUACAUAUCUGAGAGAGAGCGGAAGUGGAAAACGCGUGCGUGAAAGAAUACGCGGUCCAUACCUGGCCCGCCACUUUGGCGGCAUGGUCCUUUGGGCCACUAUACUAUUCCUACAAGGAGCUGGUUUUGUAGGAUCGGUGACAGGUAUUCCCGGUGUUCCGGAAAAUAUAACGGUGAUGUUCCUGAACCCGACAUCUGUCCGCGUUUCUUGGAGCACCAGCCAGGUCGAACAAGUUGAAAAAUACGACGUCAUGUACAAGCCAACCGAUGCAAGGAAAUACAGUGACAGGUACAUAGCUUUCUUAAGUUACAGGGUGGUGACGGAGGUUGCAGGAAAUAGUGAAGCUGUUACCUUGAGCGGCCUCAGAGCUGAUACGCAGUACCAACUUGUCGUCACUGCUGUGAGAGCCGGCAAGAGAUUUCGAAGUCGACCAAUCGUCUUCCGUACACUUGAGCCACCACGAACAUCCUUUCCCCCGGAACAAGCGAUAACAGGCGGCCCCCUUCCACCUCCUCCACCCUCUUCUCAACAACCACAGCCUUACAUACAAGUCCGUGGCGUAGAAGUGGGGAUCGUGGUGUUAGUGUUGAUUUUUUGGGCAGGCGCGAUAGCGCUGUUCUUCAAUCGUUGGGGAAAGAUUCGCAUGUUACUGCCGUAUCAACCCGAUUACAAGGAACAAUUGAAGGUUCCUGGGACUGGGGUAUGCGCAGCGGCGAACGCUGCAUACACGCAACAUCCGACUCAACACACCUGCUCUCAGCAUCUGCACUGGUCGAGCCAUCACGUGGACUCCUUGGAUAGCGGAGGUGGUUUGGGCUGGCCAAGAACCUCGAGGCCGCGAGUGAACAGCGCCAUCGACGUAGCUGGCUUCCUAUCCCAGGAAUUUUUAAGACGGCACGGUUCAACGUCGAAAUUGUGCCGGAAGGUUCGCAGUGCAGACAAUUUACCACUUGCAUCGACGAAUCGACAACAAGAUCAACGAAAUUCGAAAGAGGAAGGCAUCGACGGUGACAAAGAAUCCUUCCUGAGGUCAACGCAAGAGGAGAAGUGCGAGGAUUCGGAAUCAAAGAGGCAGAGUAGCCUCGAGAGUUGUCCAAAGGAUAAUCCAGACGUUUCGUUGCUCGACCCGAAUCAUCAAUUACAGUCUUCAAGGGAUUCUCCAAUAACGUCUUCAUCGUCGUUCGUUGGCCGACGUUUCGGAGGAUGGCGAGCUGGCGGAAGUCACGAAUAUGUCCGGUGUCCUAUACGACAACCUGCUUCCAUGGAUGAGCGGUGUUUUCGGCGAUCUGGCGAUGCCGACGCUCGCUUACCCCGUUAUCAUCAUUACCAUCGACGUGCCGGGAUCGAACGGCACUCAAAGAGCUGCGACUACUCGAGACAUACGCCCGAAUCAAGCAUCGAGGUGCAACACUUUGGUCUGCCUAUACUUAGCGUCAGCGAGCCUAGUCCACCAGACGAAAACGACCGAGUGGACGAUUAUUUGUAGGACUUGCUUGCCGAGGACUUCUUGAAAGAGCUCCUCGUAUGAUCCUACAUGCUGAUUGCAUUACUUUGUGUGAUUUGAAAAAUCGAGUCGCGCAUCGAGUUAGAAAGGUAAACCGAAAGACAAAUUUUCAAUCGCACAGAGAUAAUUGUUCGUAAUGUUCUUAAUGUUCUCAAUUGUACGAUGUUAAUGGCUAGAAAGGAAAUUCUCUUUUAUUCGUAAUAAGUUCAAAUCGGAAUCUUUGUAACUACGAUUUUAAAAACGUGAAACGAGAGAUAAAAUGUACGGCAAAUUAAAAUGUGUAAAAUUAAAAUGCUGUAAGCGGAAGCUACGAUGAAAAAUCCAGAGAGAAAAAGUUUUUUUACACGAAAGCUGGAAACAAAGUCGUUGAUUACACGACAGUAACACUCGAAAUAAAAUGUUCCGCUAGGAUAUUCUAUCGAUUGCCGCAGAUAAUAUUCAAAUCUCGCAGUUUUACAUGCAAACUCGAAACGAGAUGUACCGCGAAGCGUUAUCGAUCGCUAUCCGUGAUACGGAUUAUGCGGCUUUGCGCACAUAUCGGAGAUAAAAUUUCAUCAUGCACGUAUUACCUUUGAAUUGCAUUCUGCAAAGCAAUUUUUAAUCUAAUUUACAUGGAUUGAAAUUCGCGAUAUCGGAAAUUAAAAAGCUUGAAAUUUUAAGGAAAUUCAGAUUCAGAUUCCGUUUUGAAUCCACUCGGAUACGCGUUGAAAGUAAUUACGAAGAAUGUGGCGAGAUGAAAAAUUCAUCGUACAAUAUCAAUUGCGUAGAUGAUUAGUCUGCAAGGUUUCGCUUAAAAUCAGAAACUCUCUCUCUUUCUAAAUACACAUUCUUUACUCCCCUAAUCAUUUUAAAUGUUGAUUCGUAUGCGAUAAAUCGAUAUUUAUUCCAAGAUAUCCCGUUCUAUGAUGUAGUAAAUGUUUCAUGUGACAUAUUAAUGUGGCCUGCCGUACGGCAUUGUAUCUGCCUACUUUCCUUUUCAUAUACGUCCGUGCGGCCUUGUUAACUGGCAAUCGAUGUAAAACGAUUCACAGCACGGUGCAACGUACCAAAACAGUGUUAUUUGCAGACGUCUUUUACGCAAAAUUAAUAUUACGUAAUCUAUCGAUCACAUAUAUCAAAACAUUCAGGCGCCGUAUAAGAGUCGUAUAAACUCGCUAUUUUAGAAGAUGAUGCGUUCUGUUAUCUCGUUAACGAGAUUUUACGAAUUUUUAUCAUUAUUUUAUCGUAUUAUCGUUUGGAUUAAACGUGUAUCCUAAGAACGAUAUGAUGAAGAUAUCAAGUAAAAUAUGACUGACAUCUGAAGUGUUUAAGAAAGAAAAAUGGAAGGACAAUAUAGAGGAUAUAAAAGAAAAUUCAAGAUAUUAAUUAUAUAAGUAUUUCAUUACGUUACAUUUGAUACGAACGGAGGAUUAUCUAAGAGCGUUUGCAACGUUUCUUCGAUUUCUUUACAUAUUAGUUAAUAAUUAGGAAGAAAGGUAGCGAAAAAGAUGGGAAUCCGAAAGUUGUAAAUUUCCAAUUUCGUAUAUCGAUAUAAUGAAGUUUUACAUAUCUAAAAACAAUUGAUAUACACGUUCGAAUUGAAAUUCUCGGAGUAAAAUAUGUAUAUCAUUGUGAUAAAAGUGUAAAGGAGAUAUUUAGAAUUAUACUCUUGCAAUUAAUCACGUGCGUCUCACGCAAACAUAACACUCUAUAUUCGAAUUCCCGUAGUUUAAGAGAAUCUUAUUUUUAUCAGUGUUCAAAAAAAAAAAAAAAAGAUCGAGCAGAGUCAAUAUUACACAUCCUAUUAGAGAGCAUAUAACGACCUCAAGUAUAACGUUACGCGAACCGUUCGUCUUUCCGUUUAGUAAAACUUAAGCAACGACCCAGCGAAGAUACAUUUCUGCAGCCCGAAUGUUAAGUAAAUGUGCAAAUUCCUAAACUUUCUUUUCCUCUAGAUGAAUAAUUUCCCAAGUUAAAAUUAAUUACGAACAAUGCGUGUAUUUUACACGCGUGCCGAUUUACGUUAACGUAAUGUGUAAUAAGUAUAAUUUUUCGAAUUUUUCGGGUGUCUUUCUGAUUCUAACUUGUUCGCUUGGUCUUCUGUUUCGUAGAAUCGAAAUCUGAAUUUUAUCGGAUAUGAACGAGUAAUCGGCCGGAAGGGAAAGUUUGAAAUUUGCACGAUUAUUACCAGUUAUCGAGAUCCAUUCUUAUUCAGCAACGACAGAUUGUGAAAUAUGUGCGACAGAUUCAAGUACUUGCCCGUAUUAUCUUGAACAUCGAAAAUCAAGAACUUGUCCAUUAGGUUCGUAGGAAAUUUAAUUAAAGUAUUUUAUCGUUUAUUACACAAGGUAUUUUCGGACCAAUCAGUAUGAUAAAAAGGGGGCCAUGAUUUCCUCAGCCUGACGUUCGAUUUUUGUAACUUUAAAAUACUCGUGACUUGUACGCGUAAGGAGAACGUUAUGUUUGCAUAUUGAUUAUGAUAUGUUUUCGCGAAUUAAAACAAAAGAAAUCAGCAUUCGAGUGAAAUUUCGUUUGCAAAGCGGAAAAAUCUUCGUUUAAAAUGUACGAAUCUUAUGAUCUUGUUUAUGUAAGAAGCUUACUUUAGCAUACGAUAACUUAUUCGUUUUAAUUAUACCGAUAGAAAACAAUAUUGUCAAAUUCGGGGACCAAUAAAUAGUUAUAAAGAUACAACCACAAAGUUAUUAGCAUUAGUUUUGAAUAUCUUUUGGUUAUUCGUCGAUAUUCUUUAUAUUGCGUUUCAUUUGAUUUACGUAUAUUAAUUUUGUUUAUUCGCAAUGAAACAAAAAGGUGCGUGAAUCGUAAUAAAUUUUUUUUAAGAUUAUACUUUUCCUCUGAUCAGCCUAAUGAUGCAUCCUUUCUAAAUUAUUAUUUACGAUUUGUCGACAUUUUCAAUUCUAAUCUACUCAGGAUAACACAUAAUGCCUCUUUAAUUCUACUUUUACCCUAUUUACCUAUUUUACAUUCAGUAAAAUAUCAUAAAUUGUACAGUGUAUACAUGGUAUUAUUAUUAUUAGUAAUAGCGAACAUAAACGACCAACCGAAUAACAAAUUAUUUUUAAAGACAAGCAAAGAACUACACAUUGUAAAAUUCGAUUUCUACGGUACACGAAUAUGCGAGAUAAAAAUAACGGAGUCUGUAAAUAUAACAAAAAUCAUAUCUCUGCAUCGCCUUUGUCGUACAACAGCUUUACGUAAGAAUAAUUUCGUAAUUGCUAAUAUCUUGAAAAAUAUCCAAUCUAAUUUAUAAUUUCAAAGCAAUGGAAAAUAUUUCCAUGCGAAAUAACAAAAUUUGUUUUAACUUGGAUCGCGAAUAUUUUUCUACUCGCGCUAUUCUCUGUUUGCGCGCGUUUAUCGCUGUAAUUUCCACCGCGUAAUUGUAAUUUCGACUAUAGAAACGUGCGACACUCGACGUAGUCGCGCAUUAUCUAUAGUAUCCUUAGUUUCCUCGCUGCAAGUGCCCAACUACGAAUGCUGUCGCACGUAUUAAUCGAACUUAAACAUAUUUUGUUCCCACUCGAGAGCGAGCGAUCACGCGACCGCUCUCAGAGGGUUAAAACGUUCUCAACGCGGUAUCCAUUUGCGAGAGAUACUCUCGAGAGCAGCUCGCUAUAGUUUUACUCUCAAAUGGACAGCUAGCUUUAAGUAGAUGACUAAUAUACAAUGUACGUAUCUAUAGAUGACAUAUUAUGGCACCUAUGAAAGCAAAUCGAUAAUGUAACCUUAACUCUUCUUACGAUCACCACGGUUCUUGUAUCUUCUAACUUUUUUCGCUCAAUGAUCCGACACGAGCACUGCUAUACUCGUGUACCUUCCUUCGAGAACACCUAUGUAAAUAUUCAUAAUAACUUAAAGCGUGUUAUGACACAAUCAGAAUCGAAAUACGAGCGAUUUUUUUAAUUUCGUUAUAUAUGAACAAAGUCAGGAAAUUACGCUUAAUUCUUUAUUCGAUAACAAUGCGGAGGAGGGGAAGGGAAAUUGGUUUUCAGUGCGAUUUUUUCUUUUAGUAUCGAAACGGCAACAAGUUACGCGCAAAUACGAAACUUGAAAACUAUCGAAUAAGAAACUAAGCGAUAAUAUGUAUAACAAAAGUUUAGAACCAAUGACUAAUAGUCAACGAAGACUUAUAUACAUAUAUGUAUAAUGUAUGUAUCUAUAAAUAUCUUCUAUAAUCGUACGUACCUCGUAGUGAAAGAUAUAAUCAAUGAUCCGAUAUAAAGGAUAAUAUUAUUUUUAUUCUCAAAUGCACAAGAACGUGCGAUCUUGGCGAAAGAAUUCUUAAAUGCGAAUUGUAUUAUAAGUAAAACGGGGCUCAUGCUGAAAUCCACCGUUGAUUAGUCUGAGAACACUGUUUAAUUAAUUAUCUUGUUGAUUGCGCAGAAACAACGAACCAGUAAUACGGUACAUUUCAUAAAUAUGCCCACUACCGUAACAAUUAAACGAUAUAAAGUUCCCAUGAAAGAUUUCACGUUUAUUAGAUUGCAUACGAUUACGUUAUUUUGAUAAAAAGGUACAAAGUAUCGUAGGUUUCAAGAAUGUUGUAAACAUAAUUCGUUUGAAAUCGGCAUUCACCAAAUGAAACGAAUUGUCAAUUUUGAAGAUUUAAUAGUUAUAAGAAACACGUUACUUAUAACGUUUAAAAUCAAUGUUUUAUAGUCUUUAUAUUUCAGAAUUAUUUUCCGUUUAUGCUAGUUAUAUAUUUUACAUGUUAUACUGAAAAAUGUCCAAAAAUACAACGAAAAUAUACACCGUGGAAUUACUAAGUAAACGAUCAAUAUUAAAUAUUGUAAAUCUCUUUACGUAAGAAUCCAUUAGACUAACUAUGAAAUGACAUAACAGCAUGAGACCUGUAUCAGACAGAGAAAGAAUCAAUUACCUCCGAUAUUUAAUAAUCAUAGCUUUAAACAAAGAGACCAAGUAAGUAAAGAAGAGUUCAUAUUCUCUUACAAAGGGUCAGUUUUAAGAAAUCCCGAAUUAAGCAAUUUUUGAAAAAAAAAAAGAAAAAAAUGGUGGCAGACGCGUGUUUUAAAGCGACUGUAGUAUCUCUGUAUAUAUAUACAUAUAUGUACUUAGAUUAGAAUUCUGAUCAUGUUGAUCUAAAGCAGAUCAAUGCUAUAUUAAACGAUCAUUUGAUCGACGAGGCUUGUACGUGUUGCGCAAGUUUCAUAUUAUUAUUAUUAUUUGCAAACUCACGUGGGAAAGAGAGGAAAUUGUCAUGAAAAUAGGAGUAUUUGCUAAGUUCGUGUCUACGACGAUGACCAAUAUUAUCACCAAUAAGAUGACGUUGGGAAAAUUGAAGUUUACUAUAUAGUUUAAUUGCAUGAAAAUAUAUCAUGUACUAUUUACUACAAGAUAGCUGAGCUGCGAAGAAUUCGCAAAAAUUGAAACUCCUUAAUAUGUUAUUUAUAAUCACGUAAACAUAAGUUUUUAAUAAAGUUAUUAAUAUAUAAGAUUUCCGUUUCUUAGUAGAUUAAAAAAUAAACUUAUGCGACACAAUGAAUGCAAAAUAUAUAUAUAUAUUAGAUCCUUAUUUGAAUACGACACCAGAAAUUGUGACUUUUAUAUAAUCUACGUGAAUACCAACGAAUACUAAUGAGAAAUAUUAUAAUUUAUAUUAGAGUACUAUUAAUAUGGUAAAAUUUUUUUUAUAUCGAUCAUUUUUUAUAGUAUAUAAAUUUAAGAAAGAGCAAUUGUACAAUUUAGUGUACAAAUUGGGAAACAAUGUGCUGAUUAAAUACCAUUUGUAUGUAAGUCCUUUGAAAAUUAUCAAUAUCUCAAUUUUCAAUUUUUCUUCUAUCUUUUUCGGAGAAGUUUCAUUCGUAAACAUAUCAUAUAUCGAAUAAUAAUUGAAGUAAUUGAAAAGAAAAGCUUGUAUCUCGUUACAGCGAUCGUUUAAUUUUAAUCUACUGCUGAACAAUUAAUUAUCGAAAUAUUCGAUAAUUCGGAGAGAUCAUUAUAAUUUACAUUAUUGUUGUGCACAAACAAAAAAAAAAAAAAGAAAGAGAGGAAUGUUAAAUAAAAUAUAUUACAAAAUUGCAAUGGAAUAAUGUAGAUUAAAGGAAUGGAAGAACGGGCCCUAUCUUUAAAUCUUUGUAAUCAAUUCCUCUUCUUGUAGAUAAAUGAGCGAACAUACCCUUUUUGUCAGAUAAAUUCCGUUAUGCGUACUGUACUGAUUUGUGACAAUUAAAAGCAAAAUAUGAAGAAAAUACAAAAUUUAUAAAUACUU